AUGCUCGCCAGUGUACUUCGCCGUGGCGGCCAUGAAGCGUCGUCCAGCGCGUCCCAUCACAUCAUUGCGCCCGUUGCCGCCCUUGAACGUGCUGCGCCGUACACACGCUUCAACACUCUCCGGAUGCAUGCCCAUCGCGAGGGCAACUUUCGUGCGCGGCCUGCCGGUUGGCGCGCGUGGAGGGACCCAACAUUGCAGGACCCGUAUGCGCCCUUCGUGAUGCAGUCGCCCACCCGCCACGUGGACCGGGCGGCUUCGGGCAUGUGGUUUGGCAUGGGGCACUUUGCCAUGAAGGACUUUUUUGGUAUUGGCCGCUGGCGCCUUGCAUUAAGGUUGUCCAUCUGGGGCUUUGGAGGAUGGGGCUAUGCCCUCUCGUCGUAUGCACACCGCAUGCAUCGCAACGGAUGGGAGUGGAAGAACCGCGGUGCCGUCUUUGCGAUGGAUUGA